AUGAAGAUGAUGGACUCCAUUGUUGGGAGAAACUGGACACUGACCUUCCUGGCUGGGACUCUGCUCUGGACCACCUGCUGCCUAGCUGCUUCCAUGCAGUGUCACUUCAACUCUAAAGCCCUGUGUGUGAACGAGGGGAGACACUACUCCCUGGGGGAGUCCUGGAUGGAGGACGGCUGUCUGCAGUGUACCUGUCUGCACCCCAUGGGCGUCGGCUGCUGUGAGACGGUGCAUCGCCCGGUAGACUUCCCAGCUUGGUGUGAGGUUCGGGUGGACGCUCUAACCUGUAAAGUGACCCUGGUGCAGAGCGCUGACCCUCGCCUGCCCUGCCUCCCUGGGAAUGGACACAACCUGGGCCCCAGCCACGGCUCACGGGACAACAACUACCUGCAGAUGGUGGAGUAGACAGAGACCCCAGUCGGACAGUGGAGGGACGGCCUCAUUGGAAUGAAUGUCGCCAUUACAAUGAGCCUGUCCUCCGAUUUAAAGUGGCACCAGCCUCCACUGAAGUCGGAAGAUUAACUCCCUCCACCACCGACCAUCCCUGUCCAUGUCAGUGUAAUCCUAACGGUCCAUUCUCACUUCAGUUGCAGAUCAGUGAUCAGUUGACAUUUAAACCGCAUGAAUAUUAUAAUACCAUAAGCAGUAAAUGAUACUCAAUUGAAAAGCAGAGGUGAACCCACAUAAUGGAAUCCCUCAUUUACCACCCUGUAAUGCACUACUGUAAAGCUUUUAUAGUAAUAUAUAACA